AUGGUCGGUAUGGCUAAUAUGGACGAUCAUGAGAGGAAGAUCGUGAUGGAGUUCGUUCACUUAUUGGAGAAGUCCAAGCAACUCUUCAACGGGCUGCGGGACCUGCCCCAGUACGGUCACAAACAGUGGCAGGCGUAUUUCGGACGCACCUUCGACAUAUACACGAAGUUGUGGAAGUUCCAGCAGCAGCACCGACAGAUCCUGGACUCGAAGUACGGGCUGAAGCGGUGGCAGAUCGGCGAAAUCGCUUCUAAGAUCGGACAGCUCUACUAUCACUAUUAUUUGCGAACAAGCGAGACGAACUACCUGAACGAGGCUUAUUCGUUUUACGCGGCGAUCAGAGGAAGAACGUACUACUCGAGAGCUGCCAAAGAGGACAGGUCGGAGCUGAUGGUGAAGAAGUUGCGUUAUUACGCCCGGUUCAUCGUGGUGUGCCUGCUGCUGCGCCGCAUGAAGCUGGUCCGGGAGCUUAUCAUCGAACUGGACAGGCAUAUCUCGGAUUACACCAGCACCUACGAGCCCGACGACCAGAUCGAGUGGAGCCUCGUCCUCGACGAGAUCAAGGGCUUCAUCCAGUCGGAUUCGUUGGUGCAGGUGCUGCACGCCGACACGAACCCCAUCGUUCUGUCGCAUAGAUUGAGUCCGCUCACCACGCCCCCUGUGGAGAAGUCGCAGUACAUGAACCUGACUCUCCAGGAGAUACUGAUAGUGGGCAGCGCCUCCGAACAGGUGAAAUUCUCCGAGUUGACCAUGGACAUGUUCCGGAUGAUCCAGACGCUGGAAAGGGAACCCCAGGAAGACUUCAAUCACAUAUACGACGCUUCUCCGGCACCUGGGAGGGUUCCCUACGGCGUGCCGGGCCAAAAAGGGUACCUCGAGAACGGUGACAGGCCGUCUAGAAGGGAGAACCCCCACAAAUACCUGUUGUACAAACCUACGCUAAGUCAAGUGCUGGUCUUUCUGGCAAGCGGCUUCAAGGAGCUGCCGGCCAACGGGGCUCUGUUGCUGUAUCUGUCUGCGGAUGGUUGUUUCUCAACCACGAAACAUCCCGAAGAUAUGGGCUACGACCUGGGCGGCGUCCUGACGAGCAGCAAGCGGGACGGCGAUCACAAGAAACAAAAAGAAGCUCACUGCCUUUACCCUGGUGACUUAUACCCGUUCACGCGAAGACCGUUAUUCGUCAUAGUCGAUUCGGAUAACAGUUUCGUUUUUCAACACAUCCCCAGGUACUUCGGACAGCCCCUGGUCACGCUGAUGUCGCCGCAAGACACCCCGCCGGCCUUCCAAGAUCAACAGCACAACGGCUCCUUGUUCACUCUUUUCCUGCACUCCCCGCUGACGGCCUUCUGCUACUGCUGCAACCUGACCAGCAUCCCCAUACACCACUGGGAGCGGUGCCAGAGCUUCGUCGAUCGCUUCGUCACGGAGGCGUCGCGGCUUUUCACCAGAUCGAGAGUCGGUGAGUAUGACGAAGACUCAUCGUAUCUACAGUUCUUCGGAGACGACUUCCUGCGGCUGCUGCUCCUCCGCUACGUGUUCUGCGACGUGGUCCUCCACCUGCACAGGGCCUUCCGAGGCCGCCAAUACCGUCCCCGCUGCCAACCGCCCCUCCCGGAAGCCGAGCUGCUGGAGCACCCGUCGCUGCAGCACCUCGUGCUCGACCUUGCGGCACACCUGGAGGUGCGGACUCACUUCAUGGAGAACCACGAGAUCGAAUGA